AUGCAGCCGCGCAAGAAGGACUCCCGAAUUUCCGAUUCUUCCCAAGCCUCCGUCGUCAAGGCCUCCAAGCCUCAAUCCGCCUUGUCGCGGCAUGGCCGAGCCGGCGGCGCAGGUUCGGCAGAUUCGAGAGGGGACGGAGGAGGGGGAGGGAGUCAAGGCUCGUCGCUGCAAUCAGGGAGGGAAAAGAGCGGGAGAACGGGCGUGUCGUUUCGCUCAGCGUUUUCAGUGGUUCUCGUGUUCGUAACUGCUUUGUCUAUCGCGGUGUUUGCCGGUAGACGGAUUGCGAGUCGGCAUGAGGCUAGGAUACGGAAAGAUGCUGCUUUUCCUGUUGCGGAUCUACCAAUCGCCGGAUCAAGAAGCGGUUCGACUGAAGGCAACGGUCAAUUGAGCGCGAAUCGCGGAGACGGCGCUAUCAGCGUAGAUGGCAGGAGAAGUAACGGUGAAGCUUCCGGAGGUGUUGCGGGAGGUGAUGGUGACGCUUCUGCUGCUGCUGCUGCUGCUGAAGGUCGUGGGAUUGAGUCAGGUGCUGCUAGCGAGGACGCUUCUAACGAGGAUGCAGCUGAGGCUGGUGCUAAGGAUGACGAGGCUCCCCUUGACGUGGACAAGUACCUCUUGGAGGAAGCGAGGAAGCUUAUGGAGGGGAUGGAGCAGCAGCAGCAACAGGAGUCAGAGGAAGAGACAGAUGCAGAGCAGAGGGCAGAGAGAGCACGGCUGAUGGAUGGUGGUGCUGUUGCCGGGGAAAGAGAUGGAGCCCGUUCUGCUGAUAGGUUUGAUGCUGCUGCUUCUGGUGAAAGAGACUCUGCUGCUGCUGGUGCCAGUGGUAACCCAGCCAAUGGUAAUGAUGGGGACGCUACCAAAGUGCAAUUAGGUCAAGAGCAGCGGGAGCAAGAGGGGGGGGAGGACGAAGGGGAACAGGAACGGCCGCAGCAGCAGCAGCAGCAGGAGCAAGCGGGUGUUAUUCCAGUGAGAGUAGGUGACGAGGAGACGGGAAUUGGUCACGUGGGAGGAGGAGGAGGGGGUAGCCGCUCACCAACCCUAAACGGCACAUCCAGCAAGCACAGAACGACAAGGAGAAAUGGGAGGAAAGGCAGCAGAAGAAGAAGACAGCCGUUGCCGCCCCUGUCGGAAACCUGCGACCUAUACACAGGGCGGUGGGUGAGAGACUCUCGGGGCCACCCGCUGUAUUCAGGCAGCACGUGCCAGUUCCCUCUGACCCACUGGACGUGCCGUCGCAAGGACCGCCCCUCCUUCCUCUACGAGCAGUACAGAUGGCAACCAGAGGGGUGCAAAGUUCCCCGCUUCAACCGCUCCGAGCUCAAAGAACGUCUGCGCAACAAGAAGGUGGCGUUUGUGGGCGAUUCAGUGGGGCUGCAGCAGUUCUUCUCCUUCCUCUGCCUCAUCUCCCCCACGCCUCGCACUCACGAGCCGUACAUCGAGUCACGAGAUGCAGACUACAAGUUCAACUGGACAACCGGCUGGCGCGGAUGGCAGGGCUCAGCCUACCGCUUCCCUGAAACCAACACCACAGUGGUGCUCAAGUGGACCACGUCGCUGUGCCAUGUGGCGCGCAAGGAUUGGGCGAACGAGUCAGCGGGACAGGCGGCCCACCUGGACCAACCUGACGAGUUUUUGAAGCAGCAUAUGGAGGAGAUGGAUGUGAUUAUAAUGAACACGGGGCACCACUGGAACAUCAACAAGAUGCAGGAGUACGGGUGGCACUUCCACCUGCACGGGGUCCCGGUCCCCCCAGACGUGCACAAGGAGAUGGAAGGUGAUUUCAACGUGCCCAUGCGCACCGUGCUGCGCUCGACCGCACUCUGGACUCACCGUCAGCUGCAGGCGAUAGCCGAGGAGAGGGAGAGGAUGCAACUGGUUGCGAUGCGGGAAGGGGGGAGGGGGGAGGGUGCGGAGAGAGAGGGGGGGGAGGGGGGAGUGCGGGCGCUGCCACUGGUGCUGCUGGUGACGCGGUCGCCGGCGCAUUUCAUGGAUGGGCAGUGGAACACUGGAGGAGGGUGUGACAAGCUGCAGAGCAUGCCGACUCAGCAGCAAGCCGACCAAUUAUUUUUCCAGUCGCGGGAUUGGAAUGCGGAGGCAGCAGUGGAGGGCACGGCAGUGCGGCUGUUGAACAUCACGGCGCUGUCUGCCCUGCGCCCCGAGGCACACCUGUCCCGGUGGUAUGACAACGACGGCAAGGCACCGGGGCAGCAGGACUGCUGCCUUCCCUCCCUCUCACGUUCUACAUUCUUCACCCAUCCCUCUGUCCCAACCCCCCUCCCUCCCCAGAACAUGUUGAUGCAGGAGCAAGUGGAUCAGCUGCAUUUUCAGUCGCGGGAUUGGAAUGCGGAGGCAGCAGUGGAGGGCACGGCAGUGCGGCUGCUGAACAUCACGGCGCUGUCUGCCCUGCGCCCCGAGGCACACCUGUCCCGGUGGUAUGACAAGGACGGCAAGGCGCCGGGGCAGCAGGAUUGCGUGCACUGGUGCCUGCCGGGUGUGCCUGACGCAUGGAAUGAGCUUCUGUUCUGGGAGAUUGUGCGGAGUGGCCGGUUCCCCUUGCCUGGGGAAGCGGGAGAGAGAGGGGAUAGGGGUGGUAGCAACAGCAGUAUGAUUCAAGACAUGUAA